CUUUCCAAACGCAUCAUUCGCAUCUCUUAACCAAUACCAAAAAUGAUUGUGAAUUUCUCAGGUUAAACGCGCGUCUGGAGCGCUAUCUGAUCUGCUGUGCGCGAAAAGAGGCCAACAGUGACGCUGUGCGCAGGAGACCUGGAAGUUCAGCUUCUCUGGGUCCCGCAGACCGACAGAUGCGUGUCCUAAUGAUGCUGGCAUGUUCACACAACAGCGAGCGAGGCAGCGGCAGCAACAGUGUUCUCCAACACCUUUUUAUAAGUCUGAAGUCUUUCCCCUCCACCCGACCUGUUAAAACCACGCCUACAGAGCGACACAAUUGGUCCAAAAGCGUCAAAGAGCCAAUCAACAGCGGGCUGCUGCUCAAAACACGCAACACAUCCACACCACCGAAGCCUAUGGAGUUCAGAAGCACUGGGAAUAUCUCUGUGCUGGACCCUGUGCUCCGCAUAUCGCGCUCUGCUGAAAUGUGUGUGCGGGAGAGAAAGUGUGUGUGUGAGCGUGCGAAGGUGUAUACCUCCAACAAGUAAAGACAGCGGAAUUAUUCCGAGGCAUCGAAAUAUUUCAACACAUCUCUUUGGCGGUACUCGGGACGAUCUCAUUAUUAGCGGAAUGUCUAUUUUACAGGAUCCCAAAAGAAAUCCGCAAGCUGACACACAGUGACUCGGCCGAUUCUUUUAUUUUUAUUCUCUCGAUUUCAUAGCGCACCGCCAAAAGACAAGCCGCGAAGAUAGCCGUUUCACACUUUCUCUUUUAGAGACUUUGUUGGAAUCCAGCUAGAGAAACUAUUAAGAGACUCACGCGUGGCAGGGACGCUGGACUUGGUGAAGGACUUCUCCGGCGCAGAUAUUAAGCUGAUUGCACAUCGAUUUAAGGAACACCGCAUCUGCUGGCUGGACUUGCAUGAGCUUCCCGAUGAGAGAUCCAGUUAUUCAAGGAUCCAUUAUGGCUUAUCACCCGUUUUUACCUCACCGGGGUCCGGAAUUUGCCAUGAGCGCAAUGCUGGGUCACCAGCCAUCCUUCUUCCCGGCCCUGGCGCUGCCACCUAACGGCUCGCUGUCUCUGCCUGGGGCGCUGGGCAAACCAAUAAUGGAGCAGCUGAUGGGCGCAGCAGAGGCCGGCCUUCACUUCUCCUCGCUGGGACACCACGCCGCCACCGCGCAUCUCCGGCCUCUGAAGACGCUUGAGCCCGAGGACGAGGUGGAAGACGACCCGAAAGUUCACCUCGAAGCCAAGGAACUCUGGGAUCUUUUCCACAAGCGCAGCACAGAAAUGGUCAUCACUAAAUCUGGAAGGCGAAUGUUCCCUCCGUUUAAAGUCCGAUGCACGGGCUUGGACAAAAAGGCCAAAUAUAUUCUGUUGAUGGAUAUCGUUGCGGCUGAUGACUGCAGGUAUAAAUUUCACAACUCUCGCUGGAUGGUGGCAGGAAAGGCUGACCCCGAAAUGCCAAAACGGAUGUACAUCCACCCCGACAGUCCUGCCACUGGCGAGCAAUGGAUGUCUAAAGUCGUCAAUUUUCACAAACUUAAACUGACAAAUAACAUCUCCGACAAGCAUGGAUUUGUAAGUACGAUACUAAACUCCAUGCACAAAUACCAGCCAAGAUUUCACAUUGUGAGAGCCAACGACAUACUGAAACUCCCAUACAGCACGUUCAGGACCUACGUGUUCCCCGAGACAGAUUUCAUUGCUGUCACUGCCUACCAGAACGAUAAGAUAACACAACUGAAAAUUGAUCACAAUCCUUUUGCAAAAGGAUUUCGUGACACUGGAAAUGGGAGACGCGAGAAAAGAAAACAGCUGGCUCUGCAAUCGAUGCGUUCGUUCGAGCAGCAGCAGAAAAAAGAAAACGGGACGUCGGAUGAUUCCUCAGGCGAACAAGCGUCCUUCAAAUGCUUUCGCCAGGCUUCGUCCCCUGCGGUCUCAACUGUUGGCCAGAAUACCUUAAAAGAUUUUUGCGACAGUGAUGAAGAUAGCGACGACGAAGACAAAGAUGGAAACGUGAAAGAGGGGCCAGACUCGAGCAAAAUCUCCACCACGACCGAGGACUCCAAGGAUCACGAUGCGAGUUUAAGCAGAAGCCUGUUUGGGGAAAGUGACUCUGUCCAGCGGAGAACUGAAAAGAUACGGGACUCGCGGCAGAGUCCCAUCACGCUCAUCUCGAGCACCACUCGGUCCGGCGAGGAGCUCAAGAGCCCGGAUCAGGCCAAAACAGACGACUGCCGGGCACCGAGCAAAGAAAAUUACAUGCCAUUGACUGUGCAAACAGAUGGCGCUGCGCACUUAAAUCAAAGCCACUUGCACAAUUUCGGAUUUCCGCCGGGUUUGGCCGGGCAGCAGUUUUUCAGUCACUUGGGUGGCGCCCAUCCGUUUCUCUUGCACCCUGGUCAGUUCAGCAUGGGAGGUGCUUUCUCAAAUAUGGCCGCGGGGAUGGGCCCCAUACUGGCAGCUGUUUCCUCCGGAGGGGUCAGUUCGAUGGACACGAGCGGCAUGCCGUCACCCUCGCAAAGCCUGACGGGAGCACCGCUGCCCUUCCACCUCCAGCAACAUGUCCUGGCCUCGCAGGGUCUGGCUAUGUCUCCCUUUGGAGGUCUCUUCCCGUAUCCCUACACGUACAUGGCCGCCGCGGCAGCUGCUUCAUCCGCCGCUUCUUCAUCGGUUCAUCGUCAUCCGUUUCUAAACGCGGUGCGGCCCCGGUUACGGUACAGCCCUUACUCUUUACCGAGCGUCCCCGACAGCACUUUGCUUACGACGGCUGUGGCGAGCAGUGGCAUGGAUCUGAAGGGAGACGGGGUGACGGCGAGUCUGGACUCUGAGGUCACCAGCCGCUCGUCUGGUUCGGUAUCAGUGUCACCGAAACCCUGCGCCGAGACAGGUUCCCGCAGCGAGCUGCAGAGCAUCCAGCGCCUGGUCAGCGGACUCCAGUCCAAACCGGACAGAGCGCGCAGUGCGUCUCCAUAGACAUCACCGACGAGCAACCCCUGUGCACUACGCACCUGCAUCGGAGAAAACCUUUGGACUCAAUAUGCACUUUGGUAAAACAAAUAAACACGUAAAUGUUGUUCUUUUGUUAAAUUAAAACAGUACCUUUAAUUUUAAAGUACCCCCCAACUAUUUGAAUGCCAGAGAAGUAUUGAACAGUGAACAGUUUGGCAAGGAUGUCAGAAACUGAAUAAAGCUGCUGCUCCUCUUUGUGUUGUUAUACGUCAGGGUGACGGUGAAUUAAUUUAAUAUGCACUCUGAAUCGGUUCUUGCUUUAUUUGAUAUCUCUUUAUCGGAUGUGUUUGAAAACAUAUUAAUGAAUUAAAUAAGUUACCGGAGGCAUAUUGCAUGUCAACGAUUAGACUUGAUCAAGACUGCUGUUUGUUUUUUUUAGUUAAAUGCGUUCGUCUGUAUUGUUCAAAGCGCAAAAUCACCAAGAACGGAAUCUACACUACAGUUUUAAGAAUAUUUUGCAAUGUUAAGGAGUUUAAUCUUUACCCACACACACAUAUACAUACAUACAUAUAAUAUAAUAAUAAUAAUAUAUUCUAUUUAUUUUUGUGUGAACAUGAGGAAGGCAGUCUAGUCAUUUUUUAUUAUUUUCCCAAAGUCAUCGAGUCCACAGACCACUGAUUAAUCACUUGUCUAGAUUAACAGACGCGGUACUAAAAUUGCUUAGAAAAUAUAGUUUCGAGAUGAAAAGGGAUCAUAUGGUUAUAAUAAAAACAAAUGUAAAUAACGAUAUAUAUAUAUAUAUGUAAUUAUUUCAUAUGAAUAUUGCUUGUAAAUAUAACUGAGGUUCUUUGUUUGUUUGUUUAUUUGUUUGUUUGAGGGAGCUUAACUUAAUUUAUUGUUGACAUAUGUGUAAAUUAGUAUGUGAGCAUUUUCCUUGUUAAUUGCGUUCUCAUCUGCGUCUGGAUUCCACCACAAAGCUAGUUUCUCUAGCAGACAAAAAUAAUGUGCCAUCGUUUUGAUUAACUGUUGUGUGUUUAAGUGCUUUGGUUCAAACUAAUUAAAGGCGAUAACACAACGCACCAAUGGCUUGAAAGUAAUGACACUUUUAUUUCACAGCAACUAAAAAUGCUUUAGUCCAAGUGUGUCUUCAAAUCAACCUUUUGUGACCUAUGACUGCCAAAAAAUAAUUUUAAAAAAAGUGCAGAAAAGCGUAUAAGUAAAUAAAGAUUUUCCACUGUGUUCCCAAUGUGUUCGGACUCUAUGCUUAAUUUGUAUAAUUUACGGUCUGAUAAAAAAAAAAUUAUUACAACAUGAUAGCCACCUGAAAUAGACAUUAAAAUUAAUUGUCGAACUACACCAUUACAA